GUUCAGUGAGGCAGGUGCGUUUCCUGUCCGGCUCACCACCACCCUUCUUAGUACCUGCUCUACUCUCCUCACUCUCACUGGGCUGUGCCAUUUCCAUGUCGUCCGACUCCUGCUUUCGACCAAAUGAGUGCUCCUCAGCCGGGCUCCGAAUUCUUCACGGCCUGCGAGAAUAUUAAGACUGACCUGGAGAAUCAUACUAAGCGACGAUGCGAGCCUGCCAGCCGCUUCAUUUCGCAUCAAGAUCUGUUGCAAAUCUGGCAGACGGAAGAUCGCAUCCACAAAGUGCUCUAUACCGAUCGCCGCAUCGAUGACGAUCUGCAGAACAUCCAAGACAACUUCAUUGCCAUCCUUUCCACUCUCGUAUCAAUCGAGGCCACACAUUGCCUAGCAAACUUUCGGAGUUUAUUUCUUGCUGGGAAUAUAACCGAUAAGGAUCUUCCGCUAGAGCGAGAGCAAAUCGAAACUUUCCUUCCUGAUCAACCACAGCAAGUAGGCCGAUUCGAUCAAAUUCAAUGCGACUUUUGCCCAACAGUGAUCUCUUGUACAACGCCUCUACAUUGCGUUUCUUCCAAGCGUCGACUACCGUUCGAGAUUACGCCUGAAAAGCUGGGCAUCGGGGGCUUUGGCGAAGUGAAAUUGGUGACUAUAACGCCACGGUACUGGGAAACGGAUAGUAAAAGUUACAACAACUUCGCCUAUCAAGUUGCCUGCAAGAAAUUCGACCGUAAGGAAGCUUUUCUCAGAGAACACAAGAAUCUCAAAAUUUUGAAGGAGAGUUUGACAACACAGCAUCACAUUCUGCAGCAUUACACGGCUGUGGACCAUGGUCCACACAACUACUAUAUUUUCUUCCCGUAUGCCGAACAUGGGGAUCUGUACCACUUUCUAUAUGGUGGUGCUGGGAGCUAUGAACUUCACAAUCAAUUUCCUGGCAUACCGGAGGAAAGUGAUACAGCUAUAUUGAAGCCAUUGUUGUAUCAAUGCUGGGCUCUGGCAUGCGCUAUUCUGUGGUUGCACGACUAUAUUCAGGUUGAUGGCGAGCACAUCAUGUGUGCUCAUUUAGACCUCAAGCCGGACAACAUCUUAAUCAUGAAUGAUGCAAGCUCUGUUGUAGGGAAGUGGAUGAUAUCUGACUUUGGCAUUUCCGUGCUUGAACCCCAGAAGCUUGGUUCAAGCCGUCCACUGAGUGUCAGAGGCUGUUACCGGGAACCGACCAUUGAAGUGAACCCUCACCGGGGAAGAGGGACCUAUCGACCACCGGAAGCUAUUAUCCGAACAGGAUCAACGGUCAUGGCUAACAAGAUAGGUCGUCGAAGUGAUAUUUGGGCUUACGGAUGCAUUUUCACUGAGGUACUCGCCUGGGCAAUCGGGCGACGCGAAGGUGUUCGGCAUUUAGCCGAGACAAGGCAAAUUGAAGCAACGAAUGACUAUUACUGGGAUGAACGGUUUGUUCAGAGCUUGUCGCCUCAAGCGACAGGCUUUAAAGUACGAGAUUCGGUUGUCCGAUGGCUUGAGCACCAUCAAAAUUCCACUGAGAGGGUAGUAGGCGAAUGGGUGAAGACAAUCAAAGACAUCCUUAUCAUAGACAAGGAGCACAGGCCCAAAGCGCAAAAGGUUGAGGAAUACGUUAGAGGUGUGUAUAAAUCAUGCGACCUGCCUCAAAUCCGCGAUUCGCAGCCACUCAAGUCCCCAGCCGAGCCUUCGUGUAGGCAGUCAAGAAGUUCAUCAGCUAGUCAGUCUCACAAUCGAUCAAAUAGUCGAUCCAGUGAGCUACGCAGUGAGUCAGUCCUGCAGGGACCGAGCAAGCUACUACCACAUGGCAAAAAACAUGUCAUUGAUACUUAUAUGUCGCGGACAAGUUGCCAAGGCAAGGUCCCAAUUGCAGUAGUAUCCAAUGACAAAGUUGAAAUACUGAACUUGGACCUUACGCAAAAAGAACUCGAAGAGGUUGGAUCCUUAUCACUGUUUGGGAAAUUAGGUAAUGCCGAGGUUGUCAUCGAAGGCCAGUACCUCGCAGUUUGGGGUUUCUGUAAAGGUUCCCGUAAGGGAGAAGGGGGAAGAAUGCUUCAUAUUGGGAAGGUUAAUUCAGGUUUCGAGACAAGCCUACCCAUAGUCCCCGAGUUAAUUGUAUCGGUCGCCGUAUCUCCGCGUGGUCUGUUCGCUUUAGUCCAGGACAAGGACAUAAUACUCCUCUCUCGGUCGUCCCAAUCGUCAUCAGAUGUGCGGCGCACCCUGGCCUUGCCCGUCUCGGAUCAAUCAUUUGCGCAGGCCAUAUUCAACGCCAGCGGCGACUUCUUGUUUGUGUGGGCAAGGAGCUCAAAGCAAGAGUCUCUGUACGUCUGGAAAGUCGAAGCGAUGGCAGGUGAACCAGACUUCGCUGUUCACUAUUCUCUGCAGCAUCGGUUUCAUUGGAAUACUUCAAUUAUUCCUUAUAGUUCUGGUAAAGGGUGCGUCCUUGCAGAUGACCAAAACAGGUACACAGCUGUUACUCUGAAUCAGCAGCGCAGUGGAUCACAUGGCGUUGAACCAGCGCGCAUUGAGCGCCCAUUUGAUACUUUGAAUGUGAUAGUCAGCUGCAUGAUUGGUGAUGAGUAUCUGCUCGGGCUAGUCAAAAGCGGUCAUCUAAUUACGGCACGAUUAUAUCUACACCGAUUUGAAAUCACCCGCCGAGAAAACCAAACGCAUGCCUCAAUUACCCGGGGCCGUGAAGUCCUGGAAGUUCCAAAGGGCUUCAAGCAGGCCACCAAAGUACGGGCCUAUGAGCAGCUGGGGGUAGCAACAGUGGUAUUAUGGAACGAGACCAGCUUCUUCAUAUCUGACCUACCUCCCAGUAAUGGGCAUCAUUGACGCAUGAUAUUUAGCCUAGACUGCAAAAAGAAGAGAAAAAGAAAAAGAAAAAGAAACAACGACUACUGGAUUUAUAGUACACCUCAUCCACUUGCAAACUCCUUCCCAGCCUGCAUCUCUGGCUCACUCAUGUCUUCCUUCCCCGGACGCUGGAAAAAGCGGAACGGCUUCCUUUUCCACCAGGCAUCGAACCAUACAAUUAAAACAUAUAUCAACCCUGUGAUCAUGGUCAGCGGUAACCAGGUGGCGAGAAAUACCCAAAAGUCCUUGGCAAUAACAAUUUGGCGUAAGUCCUCAUCGAAGACGAAGAAAUUCAUUCCAUAUAAGCUGACGAUGAAAGAGCCGGGUAAGUAGAUUGCCGAAACGAAUGUGAUUACUUUGACUGCGGCGCUGUCAUUCAUGUUGUCCUCCUGCAACCGUUUUAAGCUACUGGUCAGAUCGCG